UUUGACCUCUAUCUUCCUCUGUUCUUGCUGAAUCCAACCUAUAAAGCUAUGCUUGCUAUCCUAGCCCCAAAUUCUCUGCUAUUCCUUUCUUGAAAAUCCCUCUAGUCCAAGCGGUCGCUAACACUUGUUCUUUUCAUGUGAAUUGAAGUGCCACCAACUCGCUGGCGAGGCAAGUGGACUGCUGGGAUCCAAAAGCUAGGUUGAAAGUUCCUCGUUUGUUUUUAGUAUAAAAUUGGUACAGUUACCGAGUCACAGAGUUGCUCUCAAGUCUCAACCACCACUUACUACAAAAUUGAUUUUUGCAUGGACCUAGUGCAAGUCUUCAGGUCAACGGCAUGUCUUGUACCCGGGCACCUACCUCUGCCUGAAGAGGAAACGACCGGCUCCAUCGGCGUUUCUCUGCCGUCCAUGCCGCCGCCGGCACGCUGUGGUCUCGUUGUAGAGGCAGAGUCACAUAUGCGAGCAAAUAAACUGGUUCGCUGAGAAAGAUUUCAAGAAACGAGUGGAUCGGACAUGACAUGGAAGCAUGUCUGGGAGGUAUGGGGCGAGUGGGAGAUCCGUGUGCUGGUCCUGUCCAGCCUCACCCUGCAGGUCUUCCUCCUCUUCGCCGGCGGCCUGCGCAAGCGGGUCGCGGAGUGGUGGCUGCGCAUGCCGCUCUGGCUCGCGUACCUGCUCGCCGACUACAUCGCCAUCUACGCGCUGGGCAACCUGUCCCAGAACCAGAGGCUCUGCGGCGGGUCGCGGGACGGCGAGAUGCACAUCCUCGUCUUCUGGGCCCCGUUCCUCAUUCUCCACCUCGGCGGCCAGGACACCAUCACCGCGUUCGCCGUCGAGGACAACGAGCUGUGGUUGCGCCACUUCCUCAGCCUCGUCUCGCAGGUCGUCCUCGCCGGAUACGUCUACUGGAAGUCGCGCCCAGGCGUCCGGCUCAUGGUCCCGGCGGUCGUGAUGUUCUUGGCCGGCGUGACAAAGUACGGCGAGCGGACGCUGGCGCUCAGGGCGGCGAGCAUGGGCAGCCUGCGCAGCUCCAUGCUUACGCCGCCGGACCCCGGACCCAACUAUGCCAAGUUCGUGGAGGAGUGCCAGUCUAGGACGGACGCCGGGCUGGUGGCCAAGAUCGUCAUCGUGCCGGAGCGGCCUCCGGACGACGACGUCCACGUCGAGGUGAAGCGGGAGGCGUACGGCGACCUGGUGUACAACGCGCACAGGUUCUUCCACACUUUCCGCCGCCUCUUCGUUGACCUCAUCCUCAGCUUCCAGGACCGCAUCGACAGCCUCGCCUUCUUCCGGAAGUUGGAGAUGGACCAGGCGUUCAAGGUCGUGGAGAUCGAGCUGGUGCUCAUGUACGAGUCCCUCCACUCCAAGUCCCUGGUGAUCCAUGGCUGGCUCGGCCGAGGCGUGCGCGUCUUCACCCUCGCCGCGCCGGUCGUGUCGCUCGUGCUCUUUACCCGCGCGGCCGGCGACAGGCGAGACUACGCGCCCGUUGACGUUAGCAUCUCCUACGUGCUCUUGGGCGGCGCAAUCUUCUUGGAGUUCUACGCCAUCCUCCUGAUGGUCAUCUCCCCAUGGACCUACGCCGACCUGCGAGCCAGAGAGCGGCUCCGGCCGGCGGCAGAGGUGGUAUUUUGGCUGAUCAAGUCCUUCCAGCCGGAGGCGAGACCGAGGUGGUCGAAUCUUAUGUCGCAGUACAACCUGAUCAGCUACUGCCUGAAAGACAAUCCCCGCUGGUACAAGGGGCUCAUGGAGUGGCUGGAGUGGAAAUGGAACUUCCGGGUCAAGACGAUGUGGGACAGCUGGAGGUACACGAAGAAGAUCCCCGUGUCGGAGCAGCUGAAGCGCCUCAUCUUUGAGCAGCUCAAGAGCAAGGCGAACAGCACCAUGGAUCCCAAGAGCUACCGGAAGCUCGGCGAGCACCGCGGGCAGUGGGCGCUCCAGCGCAAGGGCCUGUACCAGCAGCUGGGGUGGAGCGUCGACUGCGAGUUCGACGAGAGCAUCCUCCUCUGGCAUAUCGCCACAGAUCUCUGCUUCUAUGCCAACCAUAAAAACAUUUCUGACCCUCUGGCGGCGAUGAGCAGGGAGAUAUCUAACUACAUGCUCUUCCUUCUGGUGAUGCGCCCCUUCAUGAUGACGGCGAGCAUCGGUCAGAUCCGGUUCGGCGACACCUGCGCGGAGGCCAAGAACUUCUUCCGGCGAGCCGAAGAGAUCGAAGACGAGGAGGGCUGCGCGGACAGGCUCCGGGACGUGGACACGUCCAUCGCCGAGCCACGGGACGUGAAGGGGGACAGGAGCAAGUCGGUGCUCUUCCAGGCUUGCAAGCUCGCCAGGCAGCUGCUGGAGCUGGAGAGAGCGACGGAGGACAAGAGGUGGAGGCUCGUCGCCAGCGUGUGGGUGGAGAUGCUCUGCUACGCCUCCGGCAAGUGCAGCGGGAACGCGCACGCCAGGCAGCUGAGCCAGGGGGGCGAGUUGCUCACCGUGGUGUGGCUGCUCAUGGCGCACUUCGGCGUGGGGGACCAGUACAGGGUGGAGUCUGGACACGCCAGGGCCAAGCUCGUGGUUGACACCUAGAGCAAGCACUGUGCCUAAACAAACUCCUUUAGUGUUGUGAAGGUACCCGAUCCGUAGGAUUAGGAAGUGAAGGAAAUUAAAUGGGAUCAUAGUGGACAUGACGCUCAAAUCAGUGGCGAGUUAAGACUUUACGUAUUAUUGACACGUGGGGUUCAAGGGCCACAUGUUAGUGAGAUAUAAAAUCGCAAAUCUUGAUCACAAGUGAAUUGAGUGUCUUUUCCUA